AGACAUAAAUGUUUGGGCUCUGUGUUGACUGUCACCACCAUCACCACCACCACCACCACCAUCAAACAAACAACUCAAAUCUCUCUCUCAACAAAUCAAAUUCACAUAACAACCAUUUCUCCAACCUCAUAUACUACUAUUGCUACAGAUCCAUUUCAACUUCGCUCAUGGAUCCCCCACAACUACUCUUUCAUUUCUACAAUUUCUUUACCCGAUCGAUGAGCUAUUAAUUUCUUCCAUCAAGUGGAGAAGGUGAGUUCAAAAGGGAUUUUUUUCAUUUCCGUUUUUAGCUGAUGGCGUCUGUAAGCGUAGUACCUGCUUCUGGAUUAAGAGACCCUAGUGGACAUACAGUUGGUGUUGAUAGGCUGCCGGAGGAGAUGAAUGACAUGAAAAUUAGGGAUGACAAGGAAAUGGAAGCAACUAUUGUUGACGGUAAUGGGACAGAAACAGGUCAUAUAAUUGUCACCACUAUCGGGGGUAAAAAUGGCCAGCCAAAGCAGACUAUAAGCUACAUGGCUGAGCGUGUUGUUGGGCAUGGAUCUUUUGGAGUAGUUUUCCAGGCCAAGUGCUUAGAGACUGGUGAAACUGUUGCUAUAAAGAAGGUUCUUCAAGACAAGAGGUACAAGAACCGGGAGCUACAAACAAUGCGUCUUCUGGACCACCCAAAUGUUGUUUGCCUGAAGCACUGUUUCUUUUCGACAACUGAAAAGGAUGAACUAUAUCUAAACCUAGUUCUUGAGUAUGUGCCAGAGACUGUACAUCGGGUGAUCAAACACCAUUAUAAGAUGAAUCAAAGGAUGCCCCUGAUAUAUGUGAAACUUUACUUUUACCAAAUCUGUAGAGCACUAGCUUACAUUCAUAACACAAUUGGAGUGUGCCACAGGGACAUAAAGCCACAAAAUUUGCUGGUCAAUCCACAUACCCACCAGCUGAAAUUAUGUGACUUUGGAAGUGCAAAAGUCUUGGUUAAAGGGGAACCAAACAUUUCUUACAUAUGUUCUCGAUACUAUCGAGCACCUGAACUUAUAUUUGGUGCAACCGAGUACACCACAGCAAUUGAUAUAUGGUCUGCUGGCUGUGUUUUGGCCGAACUACUCCUUGGACAGCCCCUUUUCCCUGGUGAGAGUGGCGUAGACCAGCUUGUUGAAAUUAUCAAGGUAUUAGGGACCCCAACUAGGGAAGAGAUAAAGUGCAUGAAUCCUAACUACACAGAGUUUAAAUUUCCCCAAAUCAAAGCUCACCCAUGGCACAAGAUAUUCCACAAGCGCAUGCCCCCAGAAGCUGUGGAUCUUGUCUCUAGACUACUGCAAUAUUCUCCCAACCUCCGAAGCACAGCGCUGGAAGCUCUGAUUCAUCCCUUCUUUGAUGAGCUACGUGAUCCUAACGCCCGCCUUCCUAAUGGACGCUUUCUUCCUCCAUUAUUUAACUUUAAGCCUCAUGAACUGAAGUCGGUGCCCGCAGAGAUGCUGUUGAAGCUAAUCCCUGAGCAUGCAAGAAAGCAGUGUGCCUUCCUUGGAUUGUGAAAAGGUUGUCUGUAGUUUAUGCCUGCUCCUUGCAGAAAGAAAAUAUGGUCCGGUGUAGAGAUGUAGCUAGUGGCCUGUUUUAAAUGAAAUGAUACAUGGAAGCUGUGUUAUUUGUUUUGUAUCUCCUAUGUUCAUUUGUUCCCUUUAUUGAUUUUUUCUUUUUAGCAUUUAUUGGUAUCUUUGUUUGUAGAAAGCAGAUAGAGAAGGUUCUGCUUAAGAUUUGAGAUAAGACAACGGGUAAGCUGACCCAUAUUUUCAGUUGACAGACGGAUUGUAAUGACUUGUUGGAAGCAGAGUUAUUUUUCCUUGAGUUGAACAAUUAUUAGAUGGUA